UUAUCAUGAGCGCCCAUGCCAGUGCUACUGAGUAUUAUAAAACGCGCUGAUAACAGCGUGGUGGCCGACGUUUUCUCCGACCUCCAUAGUUCAAUACAGACUCGAACUUUUCGGGGUUGACAAUCCUAAAACCUUCCCUGAGGCACACCUUACUCAGGCUGACUAGGCCGUUUCCGUAGAAGGUGGUGCAUUCACUAGUGAAGGAAGCAAUGCAGACGAUCAGUCAGGACUUGACAGAAACCCGUCAAACGAUCUAUCUUGGGAUCGUAGGUUUCACCAUAUUGAUUUGGGACCACCUCGUUACCAGUGGAGAUGAGAUUGAAUUUAUCUGGCAAGGCCGUAAAGGGAUCUUUGUAUACUUGUUUCUACUGAACCGAUAUCUUACUCCUCUCGGCUUUAUCGUCAAUCUGGUUGCAUACAACUUACCUUCAUGGGACUACGCAAGUUGCCUGCAUUUUGUCCGAUACGAAGGGGCCAUGACAGCUAUAGGAAUUGAGAUAGUCGGGCUAAUGAUGCUGAUGAGGGUCAUUGCAAUGUAUAGAUAUCAACGGGCUGCCAUUGUGCUGGCUGUAUUCUUACUGCUAGCUUGGAUUGUAGCAACUGGGUGGUUAUUGAGUCAUGGUGGACCCAUUAUCCACACAGACAACGUUCACUCUUGUACCAUGGUGUUCAAUUCCGGCAGUAUUACUUGGAUUUCGGCCUCGGCUUCAGCUUGGUUGCCUCUCCUCUACGACACGUAUAUCCUUGGUUUGACGUUGAACUGCACGCUUCCUUUGAUCCGCAAUAAAGAGGCGGGUCAUGUUAUUCGUACUCUCUUCGCAGACGGAUUACUGUAUUACAGCGUCAUCUGCACCGUAAAUCUGGUAUUGACUGUCAUGAUCAUUAGGGCUCCUGAGGGGGUGAAAAAUAUUGCCGCACAGCUUGAACUUGUUCUCACUGUCACAAUGAUGUCAAGGAUCACUCUGAACCUCAAGAGGCAAGCAUACUACGGACCUAGUCCCCUUCACUCGCAAGUGGACAGUAUUAUCAUGACUACACAUCAUGCCAUAUCAGCACCUUCAGGAGAAGUCGUCGUUCUCAGCCAAUUGCGGUCACAUUCUGUCCCAUACGCGGCGCACGUCGAGUUCACCAGCCGUGCGCGAUCUGGCUCGACAAGUUCUCUUACCUUCCCCGUGCAGGCCAUCACUUUCGCAGAGGAUCCAUCGAUACCCAUUACCCGGUCUCGUUCGAGCAAGAUCUAUUUCGCUACCGAUGUCUCAUCUGCCCAAACUCCCACAGGUGGUAGUCCAGUUUUCGAGCAUACCGACCAGCCUUCAGCCUCAAAUUCCGACUGGUGGAAUACUGCUGACAUUUCUCGCUUUAUCUGCCAACUGCAGGCGAAUGAUAGAGUUACAAAUGAGAUUUGGAUCCGACUUCCACUCCGGUUGCUUAUUCUUCUCUCGGUUCGGAUGGAGUGA